AAUUUGAACUAAAAGAAAAUAUUGGUGGUAAAUUAGAAAGAAGUAGAGACAAUGAAUUAAAAAGAUAUGAUAAUGGUGAAUUGAAAGGAAGUAGUGAUAAUAAACUAGAAAGAAGUAGUAAAGAUAAACUAAAAAAAAGUAAUGACAAUGAGUUAGGAGGGAGUGAUGAUAAACUAGAAAAAAGUAGUAAUGAUGAACUAGAAGAAAGUGGUAAUGAUGAACUAGAAAGAAGCAGCAAUGAUAAACUAGAAAGAAGUAUCAUAAUGAACUAG